AUGGAUUCCCCAGCGAAAAAACGGAAAACUAGUGAGACUGCAGGAAUUACUGUGGCACCAAAGCUUUCUCAAAAUGGCCUCCAUCGGUCGAGACGACCCUCCUUUCAGUCUCCAACGAGGGCCAGUCUCGCACGAUCACAUCCCGAUAUAUUAGAGCGCGCAAUCAGCCGAUCUCCUGCCCGACGACCAGUAAACAAAGACAGUGGGCAACAAGAUCCUCGAAAGUUUGGAUUGCGCGAUCGCAAAGCGCUCCGACCCUCGCUUAAUGUCCCCGAAAGUCCCCUCACUCGACCUCGAGGCUCUGAAGCGCCCGAAAGUUCCCCCAACAGGCGCUCAAGUGGCGUCCAAGCGUUCUCAAAGCCCCCGCGCAGGAUUUCAAGGAGGAUUCUUCCAGGGGAUUUGGUGUUUGGGUCCCCAAUGCCACAGCCAAAAAACCCGGAAUCGAAUACCCCCGAGCGUCAGUUGGCAAUAGAAUUGGGCAGCGCCACAAGAGAAGUAGAUAUGGAUAUGGGUCCGGACUCUAGUUUCAUGGAUGAAGAUAACCUCGAACCCGACCUUCCCCCCACGCCAACACAACUAGGUUUGGAGAAGGCCCCGGAACGACCUAGGGGGAUGUUGAGUAGCAGCCCUAGUAGGCGACAGGAGAAACGAGUGAAACGAACUACCAAUGCAUUACACGAAAGCCCAUUGAGGGCAGUGAACUUCCAAUCCCCUCCACCGGAAUAUUUUGAGACAGUUUCAGACCUGGGUGCAGUGUCAGCGGCUAUUCGCGAGAAACGCAUUUCACGCGAGAAGAGGGCGGCGGAUCUGCGACGGCUGAGAAACGAAGUCGAAGAACUGGAAACGUGGGCAAAGAAAAUCGAGUCUAAUCCUGACAUAAAAAGUGAUAACAGAGGACUCGACAAAUUUCUGUCUUUACUCACAUCGGAAGAGGCGAACCGUACAAGUCUCCCAAUACCCCAGACAGCUCCCAAAUCAAUAUCAUCCCUCCUCGCCACUUUACUCCCGUUCUCUGCCAAUAUUCCUCGCCCAAAACGUGAAUUAUCAUCGCUGCCAACAAAUCCAUUUGCCCUGCAAGAAGCCUCUCAGUCACUGCCAUACCUAACAGCCUUUGCACCCUUGACCCUCAAAACCCGCACAACUUGGUCGUCGCGUGGGGAGGAGCUGUCAGAAACACACACACUGAUAUUUUCUCCCCCAUCUCCAUUCCCAGCCAGUCUAUACAAUGUGACUGUUGUCUACGAGACAAACCCCGAGACCCAGGCCUUGACCUCCCUGUCAGUGCCUACUGGCAGCGACAGCAAGAAAAGAAAAAUCCCCGAAGCUCUCCGCCGAUGGAUUGAUUCCCGCUUAGAGAACCGUCUCUUGAAACUCGACGUGGCAAGUCUAUGCUGGGGAAUCAACCGGUAUUGGGAAUCUGCAAUCACUCGCGCUCGUUUAUGGGCACACAUCGACCAUAAAUACGGUGCGCGGGCCUCACAGGGCAGAAAGGAUACUGUCUUGGAAAGCAAGCAUGGCGUUAUCACACUUUCUGAACUGCGACGAUUGGUCCCGCAUUUGGAUCGGAAUUCCAUGGUCAUCAAACCUAAAUCUUCAAACUCCAGUCCCCGAGUGCUUUUGUCAAAUACUUUGGUGUUGGAUGAAUGGACCGGAGAGCCUCAGCUACGGCCCGAGAUCAGCGUGUCGAUCCCUGGGGUGGAUAAGAAAAUCGACCAGGAGACAAAGAAGCUUUUCUAUGCAUUGCUACGUGAGGAUGGCGCUUUGGGCAUUCGAGGUGUGGAGGAUAAUAUCCAUGUCGAUGCGGUGUUAAGGGCGACUGAAGGUGCUCUUGGUGCUUUGUUCGGUGGUCUUUGA